AAUUUAUCAAUGUGGUUGUGUGGGGUAGAGCAUUACCACCAGGUGGGAAGUAUCACAGAGGCAAAAAGCGACAUAUAGCAGCAGUUUCCAGCUGGUACGGCGUUCGGCGGAAAAAUAACGUUGUCAAUGCCCCAAAAUCAAACUUACCAAUUUUUUUUUGAAAAAAAAAAGAAUGAAAAGUUAAACAAAAGAUACUUAAGAAGGCAGGAGUCUAAACCAUCUGAGAAAACUAGCCCCAUAUGUCAUAAACCAUUAAUAAAUGUUCCCUAAGAACCCUGCACUUGAGCCCGCCGUGUUCCCCAUUCACACCCCUUAAAAGAACACCCCUCCCCACUUCUUUCUACCUUUAAACCUCAAUAGUCAAUACCCCAAACCCCACUUCCCAAGCCAACCCAUACCCGAUAAGUCUCUCAUUUUUGCACCAUUUCCUAGUGAGCUCGUGUGCCUAAAAUUUUGUAUUCUCUCUCUCUCUCUCUCUCUCUCUCUCUCUCUGUGUUUCUGCCAUGGAAUCUAGAACUGGGAAUGGAACUGGCUCGCCUUGCGGGGCAUGCAAGUUUCUUAGGAGAAAGUGCGCUUCAGAUUGCAUCUUUGCUCCAUAUUUUUGCACGGAGCAAGGCUCUGCAAGAUUUGCAGCUAUUCACAAGGUGUUUGGUGCUAGUAACGUGUCCAAACUUUUGUUGCAUGUCCCCGUUCACGAUCGCCGUGAGGCUGUAGUAACCAUUGCCUAUGAAGCUCAGGCACGUAUGAGAGACCCCGUUUAUGGAUGUGUCUCUCACAUUUUCGCCUUGCAACAGCAGGUGGCAUGCUUGCAAGCACAACUGAUGCAAGCGAAGGCUCAGCUGGCAGCUCAAAGCCAGAAUGAUUUUCGGAACAUAGAGAAUGAUCAGGGGCCAGGUGGGAGUGCUGCUGAGGUGCCAAUAAUGGUUCCAAAUUAUCCUCCUACUUACAUGAAUCACAUUUCCCCCCAAAGCUCACUUGAAUUAGCUGACCACAGCUAUGGUGAUGGAAUGAAUAUUAUGCAAGAAAUACAAAGUAGAUCAGAGGAAUAUUGUUCUUUGCAACCAUGUUCUAAGAAAAGACCAUAUUAUGUUAAGAAUCAUGAAUUGGGUGAGCUUCAGGAACUUGCCCUCAGAAUGAUGAGGAAUUAAUUCAUCAUAUCUCUUUAAAUCGACAUAGAUGAUGUUCAUGAGUUUCAUUAUGACGAUGAGGAUUCUCUAUUUCCAAAUGCUGUAUAUACUAAGACUAUCUGAGAAACUUGGUUAGAGUGAUGAACCUCAAAUGGCUAGCUGGCACAUGCUUUUUUCUUCCUUCUUUUUCUUUUACGAUCACCAAAAUUAAUGUGGACGGCUUGGGAUAUUUAAGAUCUCUCUCUCUCUCUCUCUCUAAACUAGUACUAUAUAUGAGUAUGAACAAUUAAAUU